AUGCCUCCCAGCAAGAAGAUCCGCUGCUCGCAAGGAGACUCCGUGCAUAGCAUGGCCGAGCGUCGCAAGCGUUUGUUGCUGUCGCUCUUCAUUGCAGCCGCAUGUUGGGCAGGGCAGACCGGUGACAGCACGGUGUUUGUACUGGCGCGAGGGGAAAGUGGAGCCAGGCCCACGAGCGUCUCACACUCACGAGUGCAGCUUGCAGGGAUUUCGUCCGGGGUCUCUGUGGAGAACAUGGAGAAGCACCCCAGGCUGCCAGUGUGGCCUGCCUGGUUCGGUAUCGUGUACAUUUUGCUAGACCUUUUGCUUGGCAAACCAAGCGUAGGGGCAUGGCUCGAAGAUCGAUUUGGAGGCCGUGUUUGCCCCAUGAUCUUUCGCGACACCGCAGCAUCCGACCCGUUCCUGCUGGUCGCGCACCAUCGCCACUCCUUCAACGCCUUCGAUCCGUUCCGUUACCUGUUCCGGUUCUUGUUGCCGGAAGGCUUCCCAGCCCACCCACAUCGGGGCUUCGAGACCGUCACCUAUGUCCUUCGAGGCGGACUUGUGCAUCGUGACUCUUUGGGUGUCAAGAAGUCGUAUGGCGCACCAAAAGAUUCCAGUGGAAGCGGCGCAGAUGCCGCAGUACAGUGGAUGACUGCUGGAAGUGGAAUGUUGCAUGAGGAAAUGUGGCGAACAGGUGAAGCUUUGGAGAGCUCUGACCAGGAGCUCUUUCAAAUCUGGGUCAACCUUCCCAAAGCAGAUAAGUACACCAACCCUCGAAUGCAGAUGCUUGGAAGUUCCGACACCGCCGAGAGCUUUUCCGCUUCAAAGCUUGGAGGAAUGCUGACUGAAGUUCACGAGCGUGGACCGGUGCCUACGGUGGAGCCCGGUCCAGGAGUAUCGGUACGCAUCGUUGCAGGUGAAGCCGAUGGUGUCCGCAGCCCGAUUGAGACUUUCUCGGAUAUGGCUAUCCUUCACGUCACCUUGCAACCUGGAGCAGUGUGGACCUGGCCCAAGCCGGCCACAUGGAGCUGCUUGCUGUACAUGCGCAAGGGCGAGGCCGUUCUGGGCGACGAGACGCUUCCCGUCCAUCACACGGCGACCCUCACCCGUGCAGAGAUUGAUGAGGAGCUCAAGCUGGCAGCAAGCCAGAAAGAGGCUGCAGAAGUCCUUAUCCUGGCCGGCGCGCCUCUGCGGGAGCCAGUAGCCAUGGGCUCGAACAUCAUCAUGAACUCGGAUGCAGAGCUGGCCCUAGCCAAUCGAGAUUUGCGACGAGGCUAUUUCGGGCCGAGUUGGGACCACACCGAUGACGAUGCCACUUGGUUGUCCACCGUUACGAACCACUGGGGCAAAAUGGCAGACGCGCUGCGCGACCGGGCGGCAACAGCCCGCACUCUCCUGGCAGGACGCUCCACUGCGGAAGAACUGCGAGCAGCCAUCGAUGCAGUCGAGGAAGCAUCGCACUGGAUCCUUGAUCCCGGGUCCUACAAAGAGCAGCUUUUAGUGAUUUCCGCAGCAGUUUUGCCAAAAGCUGCAAUGGCAGUGCCGCGGAAACGGCGUUGUAGCUCCUUGGAGCUGGGCGAGGCAGUCUCGAAGAGAUUUCGCCGUGCCCAUCAGCUGCUGCAAGCGGCCAUUGAGCCGCCCCCGCCACGAGGGGAGGAAGAGGAGGAAGGUGCGAUGCUGGAGGCGCUACCUGCAAAAUGGCCUGGCUGUGCCGCGCGGCUUCUGUCCCUGCGCGCGGCAUCCAGGACUCUAGCGCCCAGUCAGGACAUUCCUCCUGGGACAAUAGCAGGAGCUUUGAUGCAGCCGCUUGCUCCAAGCCCGACGCAGUCUCUUCGAAUUCCGCCACCUGGCACUCUGCAGUGGGACAUCCCCUACUCCAAGCGAGCAGCUUCUGCUUAUGGCAAGGACGUGCGAGACGGCUGGCUAAGAUCUCGACCUCGAUACCUGGGAUAUGCCGAGUAUGCAAGCUGGCUGUCUUCCGCAGUGCCAGAUGCCGAACUUCGGCCACCCUCGCAGAAGGAGGAGGCGGAGGCAUCAGGCCUGGAACUCCUGCGACUCCUAGCAGCGCUGAAGAUGCCAAAGAAGAAGCGUCGCGUGCCGCCAAUCACACCAGAGGAGGAGAAGUUGGCGGAGGACGCCUUGUUUGGACAGGGCAGUGGGGAUGAGGUCGUCGCCUCACGCUUCAGUGUGGAGGUGACCCGAAGGCAACUAGAGUGCCUGCGGCCGGGAGAGUGGCUGAAUGACGAAGUCAUCAACUUCUACUACAAGUUGCUGCAGGAACGGAGCAAAACAGUGGCAUCAUCGCCAAAGAGCUGGUUCACCAACUCGUUCUUCUGGCCCAAGCUCAGUGGCAACAACAAGGAAUACAACUACAAAGAAGUGAGGAGGUGGACAAUAAAGGCAAAGGUGGACAUCUUCGAAAUGGAUUAUGUCAUAUUCCCGAUGAACAUUGCCGACACUCAUUGGUCGAUGGGGGCUGUCGACAUGAGGGAAAAAGGUUUUCGCUACUUCGACUCGAUGUUCAGCAAUCCGCCGUCCAACUUCGUGGCUUUCCUCCGCCGCUAUCUGGCUGACGAGCACAAGGCCAAGAAGAGCAAAGAUCUCCAAGGUGUGGACGACUGGAAGCUUUUGAUCCCGGAGCCUCCGGUGCCACAACAGCGUAAUGGGUACGACUGUGGCGUUUUCACCUGCUUCUUUGCAGACUGCUUGUCUGCAGGGAAGUCGUUGGGAUUCGACCAGGAAGACAUGCCGACCCUGCGGAAGAGGAUCGCUGCGCGCAUCAUGAAGGCAGAUGAGAAGUUCGUGGAUCCCGACGUAUUGGCUGAAAAGCUGCAGCGCUUGGAGGCACUGGUGCACAAUGCUCCCGAGGUUGCAGGCUUGCGGAAGAAGGAAAAGAAGGCCGAGGCGACUCAGCUUCGGAUCGAGCUUAGCAGUCUUCGCCUUGGCAGCGUGGAACAAGCCGUCGAUAGCAAGUCCUUGCUCCGGCUCGACUCGAACGGGAUGAGGCGUAAGUGCGCUUCCGAGUCAGGAGGCUGGGAAUGGCUGGGACUCGGCGGUGGCAAUGCGGCCGAUGGGCAGGCAUGGCUCCUGUGCAGGUCCAGCUUCCUGGCGCGCAGGCGGGAGAGCUUGGCAAGAGUGAACCUCUGUAAGAACUCCGAGUCGGCAACUUACUCUCUUCGAGCCGUUCGUGUGGCCCACGCCGAUGCAAGAACCCUUCGUGCUCCAGGAGGCAUGUGCCAGUCGAGUUUCUGCAACAAGAACAGCAAUGAUUCUUUGGGCUUCUGGGGCCAGUUUCAUGAGGGUCUGGCAAGAUCUGGGACUGCCAUGCACCUGAUCCCGGCCAGCGGCUUCCGCGCGAUAGUGUGCUCUGUGCUGUUGGGAGUCGUCGGCUGGCAAACCUUAGCCGCAGCCUCAAGUGUCGUAGCAGCGAACCCGCGAAGUCUUGGCGCGGAUGCUGAGCCAGUGUCUCCCAGAGCGCUCUCGGCACAGAGUCCGGCAGCGGACAGAGUGCCGUUCUACCUCACUUCUCGACACAGCUAUCCUUACCCCGGCUGGUCCGCGUGGCACGGACAUAAGCAGCUCCAGUCCGAGUCGCUCGCCGAAUUGCAUGAUGUGGAGCAGAACCAGUCUACGUGGAUCCUGCCGCGCAAGCUCACGACCUCUGUAAGGAAUCACGACACCAUCCUGCUGGAGGUGGAGGAACAGCAGUUCUUAGUGACUGUUUUGGGGCGAUGGAGUCGAUUCAUUCAAGUCAUGGACCUUUCCACGGGUCAACAGUGGUCGAAGCGGACCCGUGCCUCAGACCCACAAGGCGAUCCACUUGACAACUUGAACCAUGUUUACACCGUGCUUGUUGACAAGCUGGGUGGUGCUGGCAAGGAGGUGUGGCUUCCGUGCGGCUUUCGAGGCGACCAGGUCAACCGGGAGUAUUCCAUCAAGUAUAUGCGGAUCUUGGACUUGGAGACCCUCGAACUGCGAACGGGCCCAAAGCUGCCCUUUGCCGGCGGAGCCUGUACUGCGGAAGCUCUGGAGAUAAUUCCGGAUGAGCCGCCCAUGAUUUGCAGCUUCGGUGGAACGGAUGGCCACCAUAAUUCAGGCAUUUUCCAGCCAUAUGCUACGUGUUACGACCGCCUGCGGGAACGAUUCUGGUUCCCUUUUGGUAAGAUGCCCUACGGCAUGGAUCAUGCUAGCAUCGUGGUAACUCCAGCUGGGGCCUGUGGUGAGCAGAAUCGGUCUGUGAUCAUUUUGAACUACCGCAUAGUUCCUUAUGGCAGCCAGCGUCCAGAAAUGCUGGCUCACGAUCUGCCAGAAGACGGGUGGACAGCAGAGGAGCUGUCUCAAAUAUCCAUGGAGGACCCAGGAGAAUGGUACAUCUACCACAACGGUUCCUUCACGCCAGCUGAUCCGUGCAAUUCGCCUCGUGAUGCGAGUGGGAUGGCCACCGCCAAUGGUGGCAGGUUGAUGCUGAACUUCGGUGGCAUAUACUACACGCACGACAAAAACGGACACCCUGUCGGACACCGCUUCAGUGCCAUCCGCAGUUUCGAUAUCUGCGACAAGAGCUGGGCAAUCGAGGGAGACCUCGGAAUGGAUACUUUCGCAUUGCAAACAGCGGCCAGCCAGAAGCUUCAAAUUGCAGUAACCUGCGGGGGCGAGUCGGUGGAGAGGUUCUUGAAUCGAAAUGGAAAUCAGCCGUGGUGCAUUGUUCACCGUCCACGACACGACCUUGUUUUGGCCAAUCGUCAUGGCGAAGCCGCCACCCACGGAUUUCCUUCAGGGUUCGUGCCGGGCAAGGUGCAGGCUGUCGGCAAGUCAAGCAUUCUCGCCCCUGUCCCGACCACGACCACCACGACCACUACGACCGCUUCGACCACGACACCCGCGACCACGACCACGACCCCCACGACCUCGACGACAGCAGCAGAUGGCAACACCACGACCACGGAGGACGCAGGCGACGACGCAGACGAGGUCGGGAAGCUGCCGAGCUCGGCCAUCCCCGGCACUGUCUCUUCCGUGCUUGGACUCGCUGCGAUUCAGCUUUUGCCUUUGCUCAUAUGGUGA